AUAAUAACCUACAAAUCAUCCACACAGAUUUUCCAAAAUGGGAGAAAUUGAGUGGGUGAUGAACAUAAAUGAAGAAGUGAAGAACAUGGGAGAUUCUUCAUCCGAAAUGGAGCAGUGGAAGAAACGAUCAAUCUAUCGCGUACCCUCUUGUGUAACAGAUCUCAACAAAGGAGCCUACAAGCCACAAUCAGUCUCAUUCGGACCAUACCACCAUGGAGAACCGAAUUUAGAGCCCAUGGAAGAGAACAAACGCCGAGCUCUCCUUCACUUUUUGAAAAGAUACAAGAAACCCUUUGAAUGCUAUUUCAAUCCUGUAAUAGAGGUAGUGGAGGAUCUCAAACACUCUUACAGUUCGCUGGAUCAGAAAUGGCAACAAGAUACUAUCGGUUUUGUGAAGAUGAUGAUCUUGGAUGGAUGUUUCAUGCUUGAGAUCUUGCGAGCUGCUACUACUUGUGAUAGCGAUAAUGCGGAUGAUGAUGUUGAUGAUUAUGCUUCAAAUGAUCCUAUUUUUAGCAACCAUGGAAAGGUUUACAUCAUGCCAUACCUCAAACGUGACAUGCUCAUGCUUGAAAACCAGUUACCUAUGCUGCUUCUUCACACGCUUGUCAUCGCCACGAAACAUAAAGACGACCCGAAUCAGUACGAUGAGGAAUUUGUGAACAAAAUGAUGCAAAAAUUCUGCUCUCCAAACUCUCGGAUCUCAAAAAUGGGCCGAUGCCUGCAUCCAUUGGAUAUCUACCGAAAGGGCCUGUUAUGGGAAAACCCACGACACAAAAGAAAAACCCCCUCAAAACCACACCAUCGAUAUCGGUACGUUAUUGCAGAAGGUGAUGAGAUCGUGAGAUCAGCAACUGAGCUAUACGAAGCCGGGAUUCGUUUCAAGAAAACCAAAACAAGAAGUUUAAAAGGGAUAACUUUCCAAAGUGGGGUCCUGAAGCUUCCUCCAGUCAUGGUGGAUGAUGCGACUGAAUCGUUAUUCUUGAACCUGAUAGCAUUCGAGAGGCUGCAUGUUGGGGCUGGAAAUGAGGUGACUUCGUAUAUAUUUUUCAUGGAUAACAUUAUUGAUCAUGCUAAAGAUGUUAGUCUUUUGCAUUCGCAAGGGAUAAUACAAAAUGCGAUUGGUAGUGAUAAGGCGGUGGCUAAAUUGUUUAACUCGCUGUCAAAAGAUAUUACUCUUGAUCCGGAGAGUGCGCUGGAUGUGGUUCAUAAACAGGUUCAUAAUUACUGCACGAAGCCGUGGAAUGAGUGGCGAGCGAAUCUUAUUCACACAUAUUUUAGGAGUCCGUGGGCCAUUUUAUCGGUUCUUGCAGCGGCGUUGCUUUUUGCACUUACUAUUGUUCAGACAAUUUAUACGGUUUACCCUGCUAGUUAGCGAUGGUAGGGGCUGUAUUUCUUCAUUGUACGAAAGCAACCAAAGUGUGUCGUUUUUCUACCCGGCAGUAAAGUUUAUAUAAUUCCAUUUUAAUAUUUAUCCC